AUGGGGGCACAGAGGCUUGAGCUGCACCGGGGGAGCCAUGAGCACCUGGAAUGGACCCUGACAUGCCAUGUCUGCCUCUCUCACAGUAAAUCACUGAGUGAUGAAGAAAACCUGAAGCUGUUUGGGAAAUGCAACAACCCAAAUGGCCAUGGACACAACUACAAAGUUACAGUCACGGUGCGUGGACAGAUUGACCCAGUCUCAGGAAUGGUUAUGAACCUGACAGACCUCAAGGAAUACAUGCAGGAGGCGAUCAUGGAGCCGCUGGACCACAAAAACCUGGACAAGGACGUGCCGUACUUCGCCGAGGUGGUGAGCACCACGGAGAACGUCGCCGUGUUCAUCUGGGAGGGCCUGCAGAGGCUCCUGCCCCCGGGGAUCCUUCACAAGGUGAAGGUGCACGAGACGGAGCAGAACGUUGUUGUUUAUAAAGGAGAAGAAAUAACUGCUGGGAAGUGA